AUGGGGCGGAAAGCGGGGGGUGAAUCUUUGGCCUUGCAGUCGCUCUUCUGGGCCCUCCCGCUCAGUCUCUGGGUGGCCUUGCACGUCACUUCCACGCUGAGCUUACAACCCAGGGUCACCGAAGACCAAGGUGACCGAAACGUUGACGUCAAGAAGCCCGCCUCGGUUCCCCCCGGGACUGCCGGUCCCGCGCUCCCGUCCCGGCGCGAACGGCGCUCCCACCGGGCAGCCGGAGCGCGGAGCUCGCCAGGGUACCGGGCCCGGGCGCAGUCCGGGAGCAGCGGCGCCGGCGGCUCGGCCGGGGGAGCGGAGACACCGCGCCCCGGCGUGGGGAAGUGCGGGGGCGCCUCGCUCCCGGGACCAUCCGGGAAGGAACGGGGCCGGGUGGCGGCCCGGCGGGCCAUCCCCGCGCUUUCGGAGGUGGCGGCGGACGGCUCCGUAUCGCUGCUCACCUCGCCCACAGGGGGCCAGCGGGCGGCCACGCGGCAGGACGCGGCCGCGGCGAGCACCGGCCGAGCGGGCCCCGCCCAGCCCGCCGCCUGCGGAGGGCCGGGACUCGCGCGCCUGCGCGGAACGACGCCGCCGCGGAAGCCCUCCCAGGUCCCGGCAUCCCCCGCGGCUGCGGCCCUUUCUCCCGCCCCGCCCCUCCCCCCCGCCGCGGGCCCGGCCUCCUCCGCGGAGCAAGAUGGCGGCGGCCGGGACGGCCCCGGAGGUGACGGGGCGCUAGGCCGUCCCCCGCGGCCUCCCCCGAGGGCCGGGCGGGUCCCCAGGAAGCGAGCUCGAGCCCAGUCCAAGGAAGGCGUGAUGGCUGUUCCUGCCGUGGCCGUGGGGCCGCCCCAGUGA